AAUACCCUACAGUCAAACAAAUUGCAGUCCUUUGGGAAAACUUCUUGCUUAUUCACCCUUCUGUUUCAGCCCAGCCCUGGGAGAUUCCUUCUUCCAGGCAAAACCUCACUGAGAGGGGAGUGAAGAUGAAAGCCUGCGCUCCUUUCGCUCUCGUCUUGGCUCUGGCUCUGAGCGGUGACUGUAUGAAGAAGCACCACAAAUCUGGGGCAGGAAGAGGCUCAAAACAUGAAUUCACUCACCUACAAGUGUUUACAGAGGAUGGAAAUUUAUGCAUGUUUCCUUUCCGGUAUGGUGGAAGGCUUUAUCACUCAUGCUUAUCAAAUCUGUUUUCCCGAAAGAAAUGGUGCUCAACAACACAUAACUAUGACCGGGACAGGAAAUGGGGGUACUGCACGUUGCUGUCUACAGAGCACUCAGAUCACUGUGCAAACAACCCUUGCCAAAAUGGAGGGACCUGUUUUCUUGCUCAUGGUCAUAGGACGUACCACUGUGCCUGUCCCGAGGAAUUCACAGGAAGAGACUGUCAGAUGAGGAAAUGUUUUGAUGACAGUCUCUAUGAGUUCUUUGAUGAGGACAUGAGCUGGUCAAGAGUCAAACAAGGAGCUGUGGAGCAGUGCAUUUGUGUGGAUGGACAGAUGGAGUGCCAGAGAGUUGAACACAAAAGUUGUAUUCGUGAUAUUUGCAUGAAUGGUGGAGAAUGUAAAAUGAUCACCUUCAGUGGGAAAACCGUGUGUGACUGCAAAGGGCCUUUUGUAGGAAAAUACUGCAAUAUUGUUCCUAAUCAUCACUGCUAUCGUGGCAAUGGCACUGAGUACAGAGGUACAGCCAAGACGACCAUUUCUGGACAUAGCUGCUUGCCAUGGAAUUCGGACUUACUCUACCAGGAGCUUCAUGUUGACAGCGUUGAGAAAGCAGUACAGCUAGGCUUGGGGCCCUUCUCAUACUGCAGAAAUCCAGAUGAAGAUGAGAAACCAUGGUGUUACAUCAUGAAGGACAACAGUUUGUCUUGGGAAUACUGUAACAUUCCAUCUUGUGCAAGCAGGGAAAGGAGGCCACCAGUUCCAGAAGAUAUUGACACUUUUGCAGUUGCCAGAAGACCAUGUGGGAGAAGGCACAAAAAAAGAAGUUUUGUGAGACCUAGGAUUAUUGGAGGAUCUUCAUCUUUGCCUGGAUCUCAUCCCUGGACAGCAGCUAUAUAUAUUGGAGAGAGUUUCUGCGGUGGAACUCUUAUUCAGACUUGCUGGGUUGUAUCAGCAGCACACUGCUUUGCCAACAGUCCCCCCAAAUCCUCUAUUAAAGUGGUUCUUGGUCAGCACUUCUUUAAUAGAACGACAGAUGUAACGCAAACAUUUGAAAUAGAGAAAUACAUCUUACAUCCUGAGUAUUCAGUGUUCAGCCCUACUGAACAUGAUAUUGCCUUGAUUAAGCUGAAGAAGAAUGGCCAACGCUGUGCUGUGAAGUCCCAGUUUGUUCAGCCCAUUUGCCUGCCAGAAACUAACACAGUUUUCCCCGAUCAAUUCAAAUGUCAGAUUUCUGGAUGGGGACACAAGCAUGAGAAUAUAACUGGUUAUUCAGAUGUACUGCAAGAAACACUGAUUCCAAUUAUUCCUGAGGAGAAGUGCAGAAGCCCUGAAAUUUAUGGAAGAGAAAUCAGUGAAAAUAUGUUCUGUGCUGGCUACUUUGACAGCAAAUCUGAUGCUUGUCAGGGGGAUUCUGGUGGACCUCUGGCCUGUGAGAAAAAUGAAAUCUCUUAUCUUUAUGGAGUCAUCAGCUGGGGAGAUGGCUGUGGCAGAGUCAACAAGCCUGGAGUGUAUACAAGAGUAACAAACUACGUAAAUUGGAUCAAUGAGAGAAUAUCUCCUCGAAAAGCUAGUUGAACAUUUAACUAUGAUAUCAUUUUAAGCAGGGACCAGGAGCCUUUUGGUUUCAUUAAAGUGGCAUAAAUAUUUUAUUAUAAGCUAGAGUGAAAAUUAUGGUGGUAAUUCUUAGAAAAUCCACACCAGACCACUAAAAAUAGUCCUCAUCCCUCUGAUAUCCAUAACUCUGAGCCAUAUUUUAGGGCUGUGAAUAGCUCAACAUAUGAGCCUGUCUUUAUUUGGCUUAAUAAAACUAACAGGUAGAGACUGAGUGUACUGACAUCUAGAACUGCUUAUCUUUUGGUGGAUUAUGUGAAAAUGAUUAUUUAAGAGUUUCUGGUGGAGCUGUCAUCUCUCAAAACAAUCUGUAACAACGCUGACCUUGUAUUCUCAGAUAAGUUAACAAAAUAAAAAGGAAGAACACCAAAACCAAAAUUAUCUCUCCUUCGGAAAUAAUUUCUUUAAAGUUCAGGUUGAAAGAUGUCAGCAGAUUAAUAUAGCUGAAGAUGCUCCUCAGCUUACUACAGUAAUCUACUUCUGGGAAGAAAACAGAGGAUUUGGGGUUUGAUUAAAAACUUGUAAGCAUAUUUUUAUGUUGCAAUAAAAAUAGAAAUAGAAAUGUG